GUCGAGUGCCGCGAGACGUCAUCAGGAGCGACGGAUUGUGAGUCCACGCUACCGCCUGUCACUGGGCAGGGCAUGAAAGGAGAGGCUGCAAUCGAGGGAGGCGGGCAGGAGUGCGGACGACUUUAGAAAGAAGAGAAAAGCUGCUGCUUACCGUAAUACCAAGAGGGACGUGAAAGACGUGAGGCUGACACGAAUAUCAUGGAGCAAAGACCCAUAAGUAUUAAGGAAGAGGAGUGUGAACGGGAGCCUGUCCACCCUACACAGGAGAGUCUCUGCAUUAAGGAUGAGGACUGUGAACAGGGGUCGGUGGGCAUUAAAGAAGAGGAGUCUGUCAGCUUUGAGACACACAAACGUAAAAGUGUGGAGGGGGUCGAGGAAGAUGACCUUCAUUGUGGCUGUCAGGAUGGAGUGGUGAGCGGGUUUGUCUCUUCUCAAAUCAGGGCAUCUCUGCAGCCUUCUAUCCAUGUGAAGUCUGAAUCAUCACAGCCAGACGCAAAGACGGCUGAGGAAACGUCAGCUGUUAGAACUCGGGAACAUCAGCCACCAUCUACAAAGAAGUAUGGAGGAAGAGACACAUUUCACUGCUGCUCAGAAUGUGGCAAACGAUUCUUUCAUAGUCAGAAUCUUCAGAAUCACAUUAGAGUUCACACUAGAGAGAAGCCAUUUUGCUGUCUUACAUGUGGCAAACGUUUCUCUCUGAUCACCAAUCUUCAGAGACACAGAAAAAUUCACACGGGAGAGAAGCCGUAUUGCUGUUCUGAAUGUGGGAAACAGUUUUCACAAAAAGUCACUCUUUUCAGCCACAAAAAAGUUCAUACGGGAGAGAAGCCGCAUUGCUGUUCUGAUUGUGAUAGACAGUUUUCACAAAGACAGAGUCUUUUAAAGCACCAAAAAAUUCAUACAGGUGAGAAGCCAUAUUGCUGUUCUGAAUGUGGGAAACAGUUUUGUGACAAGAAUAGUCUUCAGAAGCACACUAGAAUCCACACUACUGAGAAGCCAUAUUCCUGUUUGAAAUGUGGCAAACAAUUCUUAAACACUAACAGUCUUAACCGGCACAUAAGAACUCACACUGGAGAAAAGCCAUAUUCCUGUUCAGAAUGUGGCAAACAAUUCUCGCAAAUCAACAAUCUGCAAAGACACACAAAAAUACACACAGCAGAGAAGCCGUAUUGCUGUUGUGAAUGUGGGAAACAGUUUUUGAAAAGGAGCAGUCUAUUGAGCCACAAAAACAUUCACAUGGAAAAGAAGCCAUAUCACUGUUCAGAAUGUGGGAAACAAUUCUUUAAGAGCUGUAAUCUUCAAAGCCACAUAAAAAUUCACACUGGAGAGAAGCCAUAUUGCUGUUCAGAAUGUGGGAGACUGUUUUCACGAAGAUACAGCCUUUUGAAGCACAAAAAAAUGUAUAUGGAAGAGAAACCAUAUUGCUGUUCUGAAUGUGACAAACAGUUUUGUCAGAAAAGUACUCUUCAGAGGCAUACUAAGAUUCACACUGGAGAGAAGCCAUUUUGUUGUUUGGAAUGUGGCAAACAAUUCUCAAGGACUAGCAGUCUUAAGUACCAUAUAAGAACACACACUGGAGAAAAGCCAUACUGCUGCUCAGAAUGCGGCAAACAAUUCAGUGACAAGAGGAAUCUUCAAAGCCACACAAGAGUUCACACGGGAGAGAAGCCAUAUUGCUGUUCUGAUUGUGGCAAACAGUUCUCCGACAGGAGCUCUCUUCAGAGCCAUAAAUUACUUCAUACUGGAGAGAAGCCAUUUUGCUGUUCUGAAUGUGGUAGAAAAUUCUCGCGCAUCACCAAUCUUAAGAGACACCGAAAAAUUCACACGGGAGAGAAGCAGUACAGCUGUUCUGAAUGUGGCAAACAAUUCACACGACUCACAGGUCUAAAGAAACAUGCAAAAAUUCACACAGAGAGAAGUCCCACUGCUGUUCUGAAAGUGACAAACCGUUUUAGAAAACCAUAAUCUUCAGAGGCUCAAAGAAAUUCCCAUGACUUGAAACAAUUUUCACUUAUGUUUAGUCUUAAGCAACAUACCAGAUUUCACAUGGGGAAAUAACAAAGGAGAGGAUAUAAGAAAAAAAAAUGAAGAUCCUGCUCAGCCUACAUGGAAGGAGAGAGAUUGUGUAAAGUCUUAGCCCACAUAUAAGAGUUGAAUUGUAGCUUUUGAUGAUGUCUAGAGCCAGAGGCAGGAUCCAGCAGUCAAGCAUUCCUUUUUAGUUGGAUGGACUCUUUGAGUAUUACUGAGUCUGGAUUGGAUAGG